CCCGAUGGCACCGCGCCCUCCCGGCGGGUCCCGCCCAGAUAGGGACGCAGGCAGCGCAUGCCCUCCUGCGCCCCUCUCUCCCGCGCGCCAGUCCUCCCGCACAGCGGCUAGCGGUGCACGCGUUUCCCUCCUGCCCGCCGAGUGCAGCCAUGGCCGCCUCCUCCGCGCGGCCCGCUGUCCUGGCCAUGACCUCGCUGGCAUUGUUCCUGCUGCUGUGUCUGGGUCCAGGUGGCGUAAGUGGAAAUAAACUCAAGCUGAUGCUUCAAAAACGGAAAGCACCUGCUCCAACUAAGACCGAAGUGGCUGUUGACGAGAACAAAGCCAAAGAAUUCUUAGGCAGCCUGACGCGCCAAAAGCGGCAGCUCUGGGACCGGACCCGGCCAGAGGUCCAGCAGUGGUACCAGCAGUUCCUCUAUAUGGGCUUCGAUGAAGCGAAAUUUGAAGAUGAUGUCACCUAUUGGCUAAACAGAGAUCGGAACGGACAUGACUACUACGAUUAUCACCACCGUGACUACGAUGAAGAUGCUGCCAUUGGUCCCCGGAGCCCCCACAGCUUUCGGCACGGAGCCAGCGUCAAUUAUGACGACUACUAACCAUUUGUAACGCGGUGUGUGAGCAACCAGUAGCGAUUCUUUUUCCUCUUCCCAGUGUCUGGCACUAGUUGGUUUCUGUUGUGCUUUAUGUCAGCGGUUCUUUCUGUUCAUUUUCUGUGACCAGAAAGGAAGAAUUCAAACAAAGAAUAUAGAUGGCUUUUGGUAUUUCAUGCAAGUUCCUAACAGUGCAUUUUAGUUAAAAAUA